CGCUGUAAGCUAUAUUUGAGAUUUCUCCACGUAUCGCGAUAGUCAUUGGUUCGACGUAAAUCAAAGCACAUCAAAAAUGAAUAUUCGUCCUUUUGUGUGCAUUAUCGCGGUAGUCUUAUUCGCUGUUCUUCAUUUUGGAACAUCUGAGGAAGCGAAGAAGUUCAAAUGUUAUGACUGUGACUCGCGGCUGAACGGUAAUUGUGCAAACAACCUAACGUCCAUAAAGCAAACAAAUUGCACACCUAGUGUGAUUUGUAGCAAAUGUGAUUAUGAAUUGUCUAACAAGACUAAGUUCGUCACUCGCGGCUGUGGCUUCUCCUCUGACCUGCAUCCAUCGGCGGAAUUAAAUAACGGAGCUUGUACUUUGUGUACGGGAGACCUCUGUAAUAAUGCUAAUAUGGCAACAAUUAGCAUGACAGCAUUAGGGUGCCUCGCAUCCUUUUGGGCGAUUCGAUCUAUUCUUACAAAUUCUUAUUAAUUUUUUAAUUUGUAACAUCAUUAAACACGCUCUUAUAUUAAAAAAUAUAUUACAUUGAAAGUUG